CGAACCCUGUGCCAUGUUUAGUUAUGGCUUAUGCGAACUGCGAACCGCGAACCCUGUGCCAUGUUUAGUUAUGGCUUAUGCGAACUGCGUCCAACGAUUGCCGAUUAAUUGAGCAAGUAGCGACUGCCGAACUGCCAUUGCCGAACAGUCGAAGACCGUCCGCUGCUGACUCGCUGAGUGCCCGACUGGCCGACUGGUGAGUGGUGACUGCUGUCUCGCCGCCUGCGGUCUGCCUACUGUGACUACAACAGUCCGACCUCCGGUUUCUAUGAAUUUUGGCAGCCCUUGGAUUGGAUCCUCCUUUUUAUUAUACGGUGUGUCAUGAUUACAGCACAGACACCAAUUCUGCACACAGAAAUAAGCCACUGGGCCCUACUUUUCAACAAGCAACCCAGGGCCUCCAGGUCUUUUAGUAAUUUCAGCAAGGCUCCUGAGGAUGGUCAAGUACAGGUCUUUGCCUCACUGGUCACUCCAGCCCCGGCCCCUGCUGUUCUUUUCCCGCAAAGUACCCUUCUCCACUUCCCCUUUACCCAUAGAACACCCGCCCAUAUCUGCUGCUACUACUCAAGCAUUCCCACAUGAAAUAAAAGCCACAUGCUUUUCAGAAUUAGAGCAGCUAAUUAGACACGGAUUAAUAAGUCUAGCAGAGAAGCUCGUUCAGAAUAUUGUGAGACAUUCAUCAUCAGUCCAUGAAGCCGUUUCUGCAGUUGAUUUUGCCCUUUCCAGGGGAGUGGAGCUUGACAGGAAGAGUUAUGGUUUUCUUAUCAGAAAACUAUUGACUUGUGGGGAGGCAAAGAUGGCAGAGGCUGUUUAUGUCGACUUCAUAUUGAACAGAGGAAUCGAGCCAGACCAUUUUUUAUUGAACUCGAUGGUUGUUUGCUACUCUAAGUUAGGUAAGUUGGAAGAAUCCAAGUCUCAAUUCGAUAGACUUCUUAAGAUGGAAGUCAUGCCUUGUCGAGCCGCCUGCAGUGACAUUAUUACUGCAUUUUGUGACCAAAACAGAUUCUUGGAGGGAUUUGAUGUGUUUCUAGCUGUCCAUGAUGCUAAAUUUUUACUGCAUUACCGCUGCUACAAUAGGUUGGUCGACGGGUUGAGCUCAAUAGGGAACUUAAACAACGCACUAUACGUGUAUGACAUAAUGUGUGAUAAAAGUGUGCCUCCCACUAUUCAUUUACUCAAAACAUUAGUUUUUAUGCUUUGCCGGAAUGAGCGGAUUGAGGAGGCUGAAUUUAUGAGUAUGGAAACCGAAUCUUUUGGCUUCUUUAUUGAUAAAGUCAUGUACACAGCUCUUAUCAAUGGGUAUUGCCGGAAAGGAAGAAUGAAGAUGGCUCUCAGAUUGUUUUACAGAAUGCUGAAACUAGGAUGUCAUCCAGAUAACUACACAUGCAAUACAUUGAUACAUGGUUUUGUUAACACAGGCAUGAUUGAUAAAAUUUUCGUGCUCUUUCACCAGAUGAAAGAGUUGGGAUUGAACCUCAACGUUGUCAGUUACCAAAUCAUGAUUAACAAGUGUUGCAAGGAUCUUAAAGUUGAUUGUGCAGUGACAUUGUUACAUAAUAUGAUGCAGUGCAACUUAGCACCCACGGUGCACUGUUACACGCCUUUACUUGCUGCACUUGUUAAGGAAAAUCGGUUAGCUGAAGCUGAUCAAUAUUAUAACCAGCUGUUUGAUUUUGGACUUUUUCCUGAUGAUGUCCUCUUUUUUGCUGUAGUAAAAAACUGUGUAGGGCAUGAAAUUGAUCUUGCACAUAGUUUUGUGUCAGAAAUCGGAAGACAUGGGUGUGGCAUUUGUAGCACCACUUAUAGUAGUAGCAGUAGUAAAUCUGUUGAUGACGUCAUACUUGAGAUUGAUCUUCUCCUAGAAGAAAUUUAUUCACGUAACUUAGGCUUAGCUCGUAUUGCUUUUAAUAUACACAUAAUUGCAAUGUGUUAUGCAGGGAAACUUGAUGCUGCUGAGUUAUGCAUGGAUAAAAUGUCAACUCUAUCACUUCAGCCUUCUCUCCUAGCAUAUAACUCCAUGAUUUGGUGUCUCUGCCAAAUGGGACUAGGAAAUGAUGCUAUUUCCAUUCUGGAUCAGAUGGAAGCUACUAGAGUGAAGCCCACUGUUGCUUUGUAUGACUAUAUUAUAAGGUGUUUGGCUCGAGAAAAGAGAGUGUUGGAGGCAUCAAAGUUGUUUGACAGGAUGCAUGAGGUUGGACUUUUCCCUGAUGAAACUGUGUAUGUGACAAUGAUUAGCGGUCUAUCAAAGAACAGACAAGCAGGUGCAGCUCGUGAGCUCUUUGACAAAAUGUUCAAGUAUGGUAUUCGACCAAGCCAUCGAGCAUACACUGCACUAAUAAAUGGGCUUGUUAAGCAAAACAUGAUACAAGAGGGGCACAUAUAUCUUGGCAGAAUGUUAGAAGAUGGAUUUAUGCCUAAUGCUGCUUUGUAUACUUCUCUAAUCUACCAAUUUUUUAGAAAGGGAGAAAUUAGAUUUGCUCUUAAGUUAGUUGUUCUGAUGGAGAAAAGCCACAUAAAGAAAGAUGUGGUAACUCAUGUUGCAUUGGUCAAUGGCGUUUGCAGAAAUAUCCAAUACAUUAGUAGGAAAUGUCACAAGUCACAAAGAUCAUCCAUUAAGGCAAUGGAGAUGCUUUACCAUUUACUAUGUGAGUAUACUAAUUUGCCCGGCCAGAAAGAUUUAGAAAACUUUAUCAUUUCAAGGGUUGGAAUAAAAGCGUUUGCACUAAAAUUGAUAGGUGAAGUGAAAAAAGGCUACUUUAUUCCCAACUUAUAUUUGCACAAUAGUGUGAUUGCUGGAUUAUGUUGGGCAAAUGAUAUGGAAGGUGCAUACAAUCAUCUUGAUGCGAUGCAGAAACAAGGGCUGCUUCCCAAUCAUGUGACUCUUACCAUUCUCAUUGAUGGGCAUUUUCGAAAAGGUAAAACCGAUCUUGCUGUUAAUCUUUUCAAUAAAAUGAAUGAGCAUGACUAUGUUCUUGAUGGUGUGGUAUACAACAUGUUGAUAAAGGGAUUUUGUAAGGCUGGAAGACCCCGUGAUGCAUUAUCUGUAUCAAAUAUUAUGCUUAAGAAAGGGCAUUCUCUUUCAAAGGCUUCCUAUGAAAAUCUACUCCAAGUUUUUUGUGCAAAUAGAUGGACGGUCCAUGCUCUGAAAGUACUUGAAGAUAUGGUUUCAUGUGAAUAUACCCCUUGUAGAGGAAGUCUUAACAGGUUGUUGUGCAUAUUAUGUGAAGAAAAUAAAUUCAUUGAAGCUUGCAAUGUUCGAACUUUGAAGUCAAGGAUAAGAGUAAUGUCAAAGAAAGCAUCUAAGGGACUCUUCAUUUAGUAUACAUCACUGUCACCAAGAGACUAUUCAGCUUGAUUUGGGAUUUGUGAGGGAUUAUGAUGCUAUCCUUCUGGGACUGGAGAUUGCAAGUUGGGGAGGAGCAGAUAGAGAUGCAUCAUGGGUUGAGAAGGGGAAAAUUGAAAAAUAUGGAGUUUGUGAUAAGAGUAUGAGCGUGUACCCUCCUUGCUUUGGGCAGUGUAGAGGCUCUGUCCAAGUCAAAUUCAUUAGCCGAAGAAGGGAAAGGGAUUGGAUUGUGUGGAGCCAAGGACCGAAGGCUAUACAUUUGGACUUCUUAUGUGACAAAAAAUCCGAGGUUCCAAGGUGUUGCUUUAGAAUAUUGGUUUGGACUGUAUCUAGUUGGCUCACUUUCAAGUGGCAGAUUGCAAGUCAUUUGCAGAAUAAUCAGCUUUCUGGAACCCUGGAUGUUAUACAAGAUCUUCCACUUACAAUUAAAUAUAGAAAACAACCAGUUUUCUGGUCCCAUACCUCAGAAGCUCUUGCCCAUUCCAAAUUUCAUCGUUUCAGGCGAAACGCCGGCCAGUCCUUGUUCAACUGUCGCCAUUAAGACCGGCCACCAGCUGUAGAUCUUUGAUGACCGGCCGUUUGUUGCAGUGGCUCUUUGUGGACGGCUGUCCGCUUGUCCGUAUGCCCGUCUUUAUCGUCGAUGCUUCGUCAACCUCUGUUGUUCUUCGACGCCGUCCCCUGUCCAUCCCAAAUGUUCUCCAUAGCAUCCACCCGUUCUUCCCGGCUGGUCUGGUCUCCAACGUUUCAUUCGUCUAUCUCCCAAUCAAACAAUUUCAGAUUGACCAAAUUAAACCUUCAAAAUCUGAAAUCGAAAGCAUGAAAUGUGAAUUUGAGGUGCAGAUUCAGAACGAAAGAAAGGAAGGAUAUUUCCAUAGGAGAUGGAGGGAGAAAAAGAGAGACGAAGAAAGCAUUGGGAGUAAAGAAAGUCCAACAGCCAUGAAGCACUGUGAGAGACGACGAGGAAGCGCCGUUGUUCAGCUUUUUUUAAUUUUCUUUUUUUACCUGUUUAACAGGUUACAGGUAACCUGGAUCAAUAUAGGAAGACCUCUGAUAAAUUUGAGAUUAUUUCAGAAUUACGUAUAUUUAGGAUUAAUAUUAGAAGACACCUAAUAGUUGGGAUUAUUUAUGUUAAUUUUAACAAAAAAAUAAAACAUAAAGUUUAAGUAUUACUCGUGGCUUACAACUCUUAUAACUUAGUACGAUGAAAUAUGAAAACUUAUGCGCGAUGAAUGUAGAUUUGGCUCUAGUUUAAAGAAAAUAAAAGAUAAGGUGAUAAUUUUACAAUUCUAACCUUCAAAAAAUAAGAAAAAGUAAAAUCAGGUUCAUUCAAAACUAAAGAGUGAAAUGUGAGGUAAAGGAAUAAAGUGGGAAAUAAAAAAGUCACUAGAGUUUGAUUCAUUAAAGUGCUCGAUUUUUGGAACAAUUUAAAAAGGAAAGUGUAUCUUACAAAAUGGGAUGAAGGAAGUAAGAGUUUCCUUACAAAAAAAGUAGUACAAUGAAGUCUGAGAACUUAAAUUUAGUAUAUAGCUUGCUUGAGAAAAUGUGCGAUGAGACUUCUCAAUCACCUACAUUCUGAGGGUUGUUUAAUUGGGGAAUUUUCGAGGAACGGGUAGGGGAGAAUUAAUUAAAUUUUCACAUAUGAGUCUCAAACUAAAAAAUGUUUAAUUAAUUAAUGUAUAACUAUAUAAAUUUUCAUCUUCAUUUAUUCUCCAAUAAUAUGAUAAUGAUAUUAAAAAGUAAAAUUACAGGAAAGAUGGGAAGCCCCUCAACGGUAGUAUUGCUCCAUCCCCUCCACCAACACCCUCCAUACCACCUUCUGCAUCUCCACCAACGCCCUCCAAACCACCUUCUGCAGCACCACACUUUAUUGUGGCUCCCAUGUCUGCACCAACCCUACCAAACACUCCAAGCGGGCCGGGAGUACAGAUUUACGGACAAUCACCAGCUGAAGGUCCAAUGUCAAAGAAAACAAGAACUCAGGAUCCACUAAAAGGAUAGUUUGGAUUUCAAUUGUGACUAUAAUAUCAUGUAUAGUAUUGGUUUUAGCUGCCUUGCUUUGUUUGCCGAAGCACCUUUGGGAAAGGAAAAGCAGACACGAUGUAAUGCAAAAAGGUAAUGCGAAUUUUAGAACAUAUCAUUUGAUCUAUUAAAACUAAGGUUUCAUCCUAAAUAACAAACUUAUAGGUGAAAAAUUUGCUAUUUUUGGAACUUGUAAAAUAUUUAGAGCUAGUUUUGGAACCAUUAAAAUUUGC